AUGACUACUGAAGAGAUGACGCUCGCAGAGAUGAAAGCGGCCUACGAGAAGGCCCAAGCAGAGCUGGCCCAAGAAAGGGCCUCCAUUGAAAACCUCCAGAAGGAGCUCGAAUCCGUGAAAAGUAACAAGCAUCAAUCGCGUUACAAGCCAGGUGCAAAACCGAAGAAGUUGAUAUUCGAGAUGACUGGCGACUCUGAAGACCUGUCCAACGGCGAAGAGCCACAUGAGGAAAAGGAUGAAGCAAUACCGGACCCCGUCACCAAGCGCCUAAAUAAGAUGGAAAAUCACAUGAAGAAGCGAUGCUCGUUGAUGAUGAAGCUGAUGACCAAACUGCCGGGGGCACCCACGCCCGUGGAGACCGAACCGACCGACGGGUAUGCAGCAUCGCCGUUAUGUGAAGCGAUCGCUAGGGUGACGGUACCACACCAGCUCCGACUCCCUACCUGGACCACCCUGUAUGACGGAACGUCUGAUCCAUACAGACACGUCAACUUCUACAAGCAGCGAAUGUGGCAGAUCGACAUCCCCUACGACCUGGUCGAGCCCGUCAUGUGCAAAUCCUUCGGAGGAACCCUCGACGGAGCAGCCCUGGAAUGGCUCAUGAACAUAACACCUGGAUCUAUCUUCUGCCUGUCCGACCUCAUCAACGCCUUCUGCCAACAAUUCGCCAGCAGUCGCCAGUUGGAGAAACAAACAAGUGACCUCUAUCGGACAGCCAUCGGAGCAUUCAAGAGAGGUCUCGUCCCCAACUCAGAGCUGUACCGGGAACUAACCAAAUACCCCUGUGCAAACUUCAAAGAAGUCAGAUCGAGGGCUACGGCCCAGAUGCGGAUUGAAGACGACGAGAUUACACGAAUGGUUUCUCAGCGACCAGCAGGGGGCAGCAGCGACAGGAGGUCGUACACCCCAAGGAACAACGGCUGGAGACACCAACCAUACAACCGCCAGGGUCAGGUACAAAAUGUCAAUCAAUAUGAUGAUACUAACAGUGUUUACAGGAAUGAACGGGUCGUUUAUCCCCCCAUCUCCGAGUAUGGCUUCAACGUCGACAUCGGAGGCGUGGUAAACGCCCUUCAAAAUGUAGGUGGUACCGUCAGAUGGCCUAAGAAGACUGACAGACCAGACUCUAUGAAGGACAUGAGCAGGUGGUGCGACUUCCACCGCGACAAUGGCCACACAACCGAGGAAUGCAUCUCCCUCAAAAAGGAGAUGGCAUAUCUAUUGAAAAGAGGCCACCUGAAGGACCUACUGAGCGACAAAGGAAAGGAGACGUACAACAAGGAUAGCAGCUCCCAACCCAACCCAGCACCAAGCGGCGACCGACCAGCCCCGCCCACGUUCGAAAAAGUGGUAAACGUUAUUUCUGGUGGUUCAGAUAUAUGUGGACUAACUUCUUCUGCAGCUAAAAAAAUCAACAGGGGCGAAUCUGAAGCCGUCAAAGAGGGGCAGACCGAAGACGAAGUAGCACUCGACAAGUCAUUAGCGGCGAUGAUAAUAACCUUCGACGACUCAGAUUCAACCGACACAAUACAGGAACAUCAUGACGGGCUAGUCAUAUCGCUCCCAAUAGGCAACGCUCUCAUCAAAAGGAUAUUGAUCGACAACGGCAGUUCAGCAAACGUAUUGUUCCUAGAGGCUCUGCAGGAAAUGGGACUAGACGAAAAGAGUAUAAUCAGAAGGUCGACAGUCCUAGUAGGAUUCAGUGGAGAAUCGCUACGAACAGUAGGAGGGAUAUCGCUGCCGACGUACGCAGAAGGUGUUAAUGUGAUGACCAAGUUCAACGUCGUCGACUGCCCAUCAGCAUACAACGUCAUUUUGGGACGACCAUGGAUCCACAAAAUGAAGGCGGUGCCGUCGACAUACCACCAGUCAAUUAAGUUCCCAACCAAAUGGGGAGUCAUUGAAAUCAAAGGACAGCAAAGGGACGCAAAGAAAUGUUAUGAACCGGCGCUGAAACCAUCAAAGUCAUCCAUCUAG